GUCGUCGAGCUUGUUGCCGUUGCCUUUGAAGAUAAUCCUCAACACCCGCGAACGCUCAUCUUAGUCGUCAAAAGAACGGUCAAGAUGGCGACACAACAGGAUUCGUUGUUCCGGUCGUCGGACAUGUCGCUGACGCAGCUGUACAUGGCCAACGAGAUUGGACGCGAAGUCGUGAGCGCCUUGGGCGAACUGGGCAUCAUGGACUUUAGAGACCUCAACUCGGAGACCACCGCUUUCCAACGCACCUUUACUCAGGAGAUCCGUAGACUCGAUAAUGUCGAACGCCAAUUGCGCUACUUCAAGGCACAGAUGGACAAGGCCGACGUUUCGAUGCGCUCCAUGUACGAGUUCGGCGAUCGCCUGGCCGCCCCCUCGGCCUCUGCAAUCGACGAGCUUGUCGACCGCAGUCAGACAUUGGAGCAGAGAAUCCAGUCGUUGAACGACAGCUACGAGACGCUCAAGAAGCGCGAGAUGGAGUUGACCGAGUGGCGUUGGGUGCUGCGCGAGGCCGGCGGCUUCUUCGACCGCGCUCGUGGACAGACAGACGAGAUUCGCCGUUCGAUCGACCAGGACCACGACGACGACGACGACGCCCCUCUCCUCGCCGAUAUGGAGCAGGCUGGCAACGGUGAUGCUUCGGGCGAGCGUUCUUUCUCCGUCAUGAACAUUGGCUUCGUAGCCGGUGUCAUCCCCCGCGAGCGCAUGGCCGCGUUUGAGCGUAUCCUCUGGCGUACCCUCCGUGGUAACCUGUACAUGAACCAGAGCGAGAUCGAGGAGCCCAUCAUCAACCCCGAGAACAACGAGGAAAUGCACAAGAGCGUCUUCGUCAUUUUCGCCCACGGCAAGGAGAUCAUCAACAAGAUCCGCAAGAUCUCCGAGUCGCUCGGCGCCGACAUCUACAACGUCGAUGAGAACAGCGAACUCCGCCGCGACCAGAUGCACGAGGUCAACACUCGCCUGCAGGACCUGGCCAACGUUCUUUCCAACACCAAGCGCACCUUGGAUGCGGAGCUGACCAUGAUUGGUCGCAGUCUGGCUGCCUGGAUGAUCAUUGUAUCCAAGGAGAAGGCCGUCUACCAGACCCUCAACCGCUUCUCUUACGACCAGCAGCGCAAGACUCUUAUUGCAGAGGCCUGGUGCCCUACAAACUCACUUGCCCUUGUAAAGUCGACCCUGCAGGAUGUCAACGACCGCGCCGGGCUGUCUGUACCCACUAUUGUCAACACCAUCAAGACCUCCAAGACUCCCCCAACCUACAACAAGACCAAUAGAUUCACCCUCGGUUUCCAGACCAUCAUCGACGCCUACGGCACUGCAAAGUACACCGAAGUCAACCCCGGUCUGCCCACUAUCGUUACCUUCCCCUUCCUUUUCGCUGUCAUGUUCGGUGAUCUCGGUCACGGUUUCAUCAUGACCGCUGCUGCCUGUGCUAUGAUCUACUGGGAGAAGCCUCUCUUGCGCUCCAAGCAGGACGAGCUCUUCUCCAUGGCUUUCUUCGGCCGCUACAUCAUGCUCAUGAUGGGUAUCUUCUCCAUGUACACUGGUCUCAUCUACUGCGAUGCCUUUUCCAAGGAGCUUGCCAUCUUCCCCUCUAUGUGGGAGGUCCCUGACUUCAAGGCCAACGAGACCGUUACCAUGAUCCGCAAGGAAGGCUACACUUACCCCUUCGGUAUGGACUGGCGCUGGCACGAUACUGACAACGAUCUUCUCUUCUCCAACAGUUACAAGAUGAAGCUCAGUAUUCUGCUUGGAUGGGCCCACAUGACCUACUCCCUCUGCUUGUCUUACAUCAACGCCAGACACUUCAAGACCCCAAUCGACAUCUGGGGUAACUUCCUUCCCGGCAUGAUUUUCUUCCAGUCCAUCUUCGGAUAUCUUGUUUUCACCAUCAUCUAUAAGUGGUCCAUCGACUGGUAUGCUAUUGGCGCCAACCCUCCAGGUCUGCUCAACAUGCUUAUUUACAUGUUCCUGCAACCUGGUACUGUCGAGGAAGAGCUUUACUCCGGUCAGGCCGUUGUUCAGGUCAUUCUGCUUCUUGCUGCUGUCUGCUGUGUCCCCAUCAUGCUCUUCUUGAAGCCUUUCUACCUGCGUUGGGAGAACAACCGUGCCAGAGCUAUGGGCUACAGCGCCGUUGGUGAGAGCCAGAGAGUCAGCGCUCUCGACGAUGAUGACGAUGAACACCACGGCAUGAACGGCGGUAGACAGAGCUUCGCCAGCGAAGACGGUGCUGCUAUCAUCACCCAGGACAUUCACAGCGAAGAACAUGAGGAGUUUGAGUUCUCAGAGGUUAUGAUCCACCAGGUCAUCCACACCAUCGAGUUCUGUCUCAACUGUGUUUCCCACACUGCUUCAUACCUCCGUCUUUGGGCUCUGUCGCUUGCCCAUCAGCAGUUGUCUAUCGUCCUGUGGUCCAUGACUUUGGCCAACGCAUUCGGCUUCACUGGUAUCGCCGGCUCCUUUGUCAUCUUCGGUUUCUUCGUUGUCUGGUUCUUCCUUACUGUUGCCGUCUUGGUUGUCAUGGAGGGUACCUCCGCCAUGUUGCACAGUUUGAGAUUGCACUGGGUCGAAGCCAUGAGCAAGCACUUCCUCGGUGACGGUGUUCCGUUCGAGCCCUUCAGUUUCGAGACUAUGCUUGAAGAAGAAAUGGCCGAUCUCAAAUAGCCUACAGUUGCAUGACAUCAGCUUAGUGUAUUGUCUAUUGCAUUGCAUCUUUUGUCCUAGUUUUGUAUGUAGAAAUCUGUCUUAUAGACGAGACCACGUUGUCUCCUUGAUCUUGAUAAACAUGUUGCUUGUAUCCUCUGCUGUGGCCGCGACCUUUGCACAUUAUAAUACUUUCUCCUAC